UAUGAGAUAAAAUUUUGACGUUUUUAAAUGUUUUGUCAACUCUUUAGAUCACCUCUGUUUUCUAUAUUAUUAAAAAGAUCAGAAAAUAAUCAUUUAUAUUUUGGAUUUCAAUUGAAAUAUUUAUCAUCUGUAGUAAAUACUUUUUCAAAUUCAACUCAAUAUGUAUUCAAAAAAAAAAAUGAAAAUAUCAUGGAAAAUAACAUGGAGCGUUUAAAAUGGCAAAGAAAUGUAGGGAUUAGUGCUCAUAUUGACUCUGGAAAAACAACUUUCACAGAACGUGUACUUUAUUAUACAGGAAAAAUCAAAAGUAUUCAUGAAGUUAGGGGAAAGGAUAAUAUUGGUGCAAAAAUGGAUUUUAUGGAUUUGGAAAGAGAAAAAGGCAUAACGAUUCAAUCAGCUGCAACGUAUUGUGACUGGGUUAAACAGGAUGAGGGAAAAGAACAAAAAUACUCUAUUAAUAUUAUCGAUACUCCAGGUCAUAUUGAUUUUACUAUUGAGGUUGAAAGGGCUUUAAGAGUAUUGGACGGUGCUGUACUUGUAUUAUGUUCAGUAUCAGGUGUACAGAGUCAGACUAUUACUGUUGACAAGCAGAUGAAAAGAUAUAACAUUCCCCGUAUUUCUUUUAUUAACAAAAUGGAUCGUGUUGGUUCUAAUCCAUGGAAAGUAAUUGAACAGAUUAGAAAUAAAUUAAAAAUUUCUUCAGCAACUAUACAUGUACCUAUUUUUGAUAAUUCUACAUUUGUAGGUGUUGUUGAUAUUAUAAAAAUGAAAGCAAUAUAUAAUGAAGGACAUAGGGGAAUUAAUGUAGUUGAAAAAGAUGAAAUUCCUAAUGGCCUUCUACAUUUGGUUAAUGAGAAAAGAACUGAAUUGAUUGAAACUUUGGCAGAUAUAGACAAUGAAAUUGCUGAAUUAUUUCUUAAUGAAAAAAUACCUACUGAAAGACAAUUAUACAAUGCAAUACGCAGAACAACGCUAGAGAAAAAGUUUACACCUGUACUUAUGGGUUCUGCUCUUCAAGAUAUAGCUAUUCAGCCUGUUUUAGAUGCAAUUUGCGAUUUUUUGCCUACACCUGCUGAAGUUGAAAAUACUGCUUUAGAUAUUUCGAAUAAUGAAGAAUGUGUUAAGUUAAUUCCAUCUGAUUCUGAAAAAUUUGUUGGAUUAGCUUUUAAGCUUGAAGAAAGUAAAUAUGGACAACUCACGUAUUUUAGAGUAUAUCAAGGAACUUUAAAAAAAGGAGAUUAUAUUACAAAUAUGAGGACAAGGAAGAAAAUUAGGAUUCCUCGGCUUGUUAAAAUACAUUCAAAUGAGAUGGAGGAUAUAGAAAUAAUAGGUUCUGGAGAAAUUUGUGCAAUUUUUGGUGUCGAUUGUGUAUCUGGAGAUACUUUUGCUGAUGAUUCUUUAAUGUAUUCAAUGACUUCAAUGUUUAUUCCUGAACCUGUUGUUUCACUAUCUUUAAAACAGAAAGGAAAGGAAUCAGCAAGUUUUUCUAGAGCUCUUGCUAGAUUUCAGAAAGAAGAUCCAACAUUUAAAGUUAAACUUGAUACAGAAAGUAAAGAAACUAUUAUUUCAGGAAUGGGAGAACUUCAUUUAGAUAUUUACGUUGAGAGAAUGAAACGGGAAUAUAAUGUUGAAUGCACUGUAGGAAAGCCUCAAGUUGCAUACAGGGAAACUAUUACAUCUAGAUCUACUUUUAAUUAUACUCAUAAAAAACAGACUGGAGGGGCAGGCCAAUUUGGUAAAGUUGAGGGAUAUAUAGAGCCUAUAUUAUCGGAUAAUUCUUCGAAUUUGGAUGUAGAAUUUUUAAGUCGUGUUACUUGUGGUAAUAUCCCAACGAAUUUUAUACUUGCAUGCGAAAAGGGAUUUAGAGAUGCUUUAAAAAAUGGGCUUUUAAUAGGAUAUCCUAUUAAAGGAUGUCGUAUGGUUCUUGAAGAUGGUGCUACACAUUCUGUUGAUUCUUCUGAAUUAUCUUUUUAUAUAGCAACUCUUAAUGCUUUUAAACAGGCAUAUAAUAAAGCAAAUCCUAUAAUUCUUGAACCUGUUAUGAAAUUAGCUGUUACUGCUGAAAAUGAAUUUUCAAAUGCAAUUAUUAGUGGGCUUAAUAAAAAGAAAGCAGUUAUAUUAAACACUGAUAUUAGAUCUGAUGAUUUUACAGUGGAAGCAGAAAUUCCGCUGAAUAAUAUGUUUGGAUAUAGUACGGAUUUACGAGCAAAUACUCAGGGUAAAGGGGAAUUUACUGCUGAAUAUUUAAAGCAUUCAGUAGUUCCUGACUACAUUCAAAAAGAGUUAAUUAUAAAAUAUCAAAAACAAGCUCAACGGCGUAGUUAAGAUAUAGAUAUCUGAGAGGAAAUAUUAUUCAUAGAAAAAAGUG